UCGUUACAGUAAGAGCCUUGACAUAAUGGAGGCUAUUGUGCCAUGAUAUUAUGAUUCUUCGAUGUUGUUGAUAUAUAUAGACAAUAUUAGCUGUAUAACUUCCACAAUAAACUAGGCAUAUCACAAUAGACUAGUAUUUACACAUAGUUUUGUGUCUGUGCCGCGGUCACCCUUUUACCAGGAAGAAUAAAAUGGAGAUUCCUUCUUAAACGCCACUUUUUUGAAUGUUCUCACCGGGCAUUUAAGGCUUUACAAGGUCAAAAAAGAAAACGGCUCAUACAGACCUAAUCAGAUAGAUCUUAAUACUAAUAAUAGUCCCAUAAUAUCGCCGAUAUAGCUUGUGUAUUUAGUUUAGCGUACAAACUAAACAAGAACUGUUUCAAAAUUACAGUCUCCUCUGACUUAAUCUGCCUGAUUGAUAUAGAAUUUACUCAUCACUUUCAUUGACAUUAGAGGCCUAGUCCUUUAAUUUUGAAGAGCAUACACACACACACAUUUCGUAAAGAUGGCAACAAAAAGAGAUGUCCGAAUUCUGCUUGUUGGAGAUGUUGGUGUUGGGAAAACAUCAUUGAUCCUGUCUCUUGUAAGUGAAGAAUUUGCAGAAGAUGUUCCCUCUAAAGCGGAAGAAAUCACUAUACCUGCAGAUGUCACUCCUGAAAAAGUUCCAACACAUAUAGUUGAUUAUUCAGCUCAUGAUCAGGAUGAUAAUGUUUUGGAAGAAGAAAUGGCUAAGGCCAGUGUGUUAUGUGUUGUGUAUUCGGUUGUGGAUGAAGAUUCUAUACAAAGGUUGACAACACAUUGGUUACCAUAUAUUAGAAGAACAUUAGGAGAUGAUCAUCAUACACCUGUUAUAUUAGUAGGAAAUAAAGUAGAUCAAACAGAUUACCCUACAUUAGAGAGUAUUUUACCUAUAAUGAAUGACUAUGCAGAAGUAGAAACAUGUGUAGAGUGUUCAGCACGUACAUUAAAGAAUAUUAGUGAAGUAUUUUAUUAUGCCCAGAAAGCUGUUUUACAUCCUACUGCACCUGUUUAUAAUGCUGAAGAAAAGGAGCUGACACCGCUAUGUCGGAGGGCGUUAACCAGAAUAUUUAAAAUUUGUGAUAAAGACAACGAUAAUGUAUUGAAUGAUGAAGAAGUUAAUGCUUUUCAGCAAAAAUGUUUCAAUGCUCCCUUGCACCAUCAAGCAUUAGAGGAUGUAAAAGCUAUAGUUCAUAAACAUACCUCAGAAGGAAUUAUAAAUGAUGGAAUAUCUUUAAAAGGUUUCUUGUUUCUUCACACAUUAUUUAUACAGAAAGGUCGACACGAAACAACAUGGACAGUUCUAAGAAAGUUUGGUUAUGAUGAACAUUUAGCUUUAACUAAAGAUUUUAUAGCACCUAAAGUACAGAUAGGAACUGGUAGUACAACAGAAAUAAGUCACAAUGGUUUGGAAUUUUUAACAACAUUAUUUCAAAAAUAUGAUGAAGAUUAUGAUGGAUGUCUCUCUCCACCAGAAUUAAAGAAUCUCUUUAGCACCUGUCCUAUCAUGCCAUGGGGUCCUGAUGUUAAUAAUACAGUAUGUACAAAUCCACAAGGUUGGAUAUCUUUAAAAGGAUAUUUAGCACAAUGGACAUUAACAACUUUGUUAGAUUUACCGAGAACAUUAGAAUAUUUAGCUUAUUUAGGUUAUCAUUAUGAUCAUGAGACUCAACUUACAGCAAUACAUGUAACAAGGGAUAAAAAGAUAGAUCUAGAAAAGCGACAGACAACUCGUAAUGUAUUUCGAUGUCAUGUAUUAGGUGGAAAAAGUGUUGGAAAGACUGCAUUCUUACAAGGUUUAUUACAUAGAAAUUUACGCUAUGUAGCCACAUUAAAUCUUGAACAUUUAUCUAGCUUCACAAUCAACACUGUUCAAGUAUAUGGCCAGGAAAAACAUUUAAUGUUACAUGAAGUUGAUGUUGGUAUGAGUGAUAUGUUAACACCAACAGAAUUAGAUUGUGAUGUUGCUUGUUUAUUAUAUGAUGUUACAAACCCUAGAAGUUUUGAAUUCUGUGCUAAAAUGUAUUUGAAACUAUUUAUAGACAGUAAAAUACCUACAUUAAUUGUAGCGUGCAAAGCUGAACAUCCUGAGAUACGACAGGAUUAUGAGAUGACCCCAGCUCAGUUUUGUAAUCACUACAAACUUCCACCACCUCAACUAUUUACUUGUAUAGAUAAAGUUAAUAAUGACGUCUAUGUUAAAUUGGCUACAAUGGCUGCUUACCCCAAUCUGAAACGUUUGGUUCAUAUGUUACUGGUUCAUCAACGUCCUCUCUGGUUAGAGGAUCAGUUAAGACAUCUACGGAACAUUUUUACAGAUGAUAACAAACUUUAUAUACAAAUUGGACUUGGUAUUGCGGUUUUAACUGGCUUCAGCUUCCUGUCAUAUAAACUAUAUCGUUCAAUAAGAUGAAUGUAGUUGUGUUAUUGUCCGUAUUAAAAUAGUGUGAUGGUAAAGCUGUGUGUUUUCUAUGAGCAAGUGGAAAUAAAUAUAUUUGAUGUGAAUACUCUUUAUACAAUCUAGAGACAUACCUUAACAUAGACUAAAAAAGAAAAGGACACAAUCAACAAUAUAAUAACUAGGAUGUGAUACUUGAUGGAAAUGGUAUUUUUAUGAUAUGUACCAUGCCUUAUAUCCAGCCAUUUUGAUGUAAUGUUUGAUACAGUUUUACUUCUGUAUGCAAUGAAAGUAAAAGAUCGUCAGGCAGUUGAAUUGUCUUUUAUACAACUAUCACCCCAAUCUGAUUAAAAUACAGAUCUAUAUUUCGUUUCCUUUUUUUGUACUUUCGAUGGCUUACACUACAUGAUUAUCUGGCCGGUUGUAGUGGAAGGUCGCAUCAGGGGUCACAUGAGCGGCUUUUGACCCAAUGUGGUUUACCCACAGUUCUGUGCACUGCAUGCCAAGAACUCGUAACAGACCGUUUCAUUGGCUGUUCCCUCACAUUACCCAGAACACAGCGUAGUAAGUAAAGACAAGUAAAAGGAAAUUUUGAACUAUACAAAACGAAACGAAAUAGGAUCUGUGUUUUAAUCAGAUUGGUCAUCACCCCUGUCCGUUUCUCCAUCCUUGCAUUUUAUUUUUUUUUAGAUUUAUAAAAGAUGCCCAGAUUAUUUGGCUAUUGGAAGAAACACUAUUAAAAUUCUGUGACAUAAUUAAGUUGCCAUGUCUUUACAAAAAUUCAUAAAUCACUUGACAAGCCAGAUUCUUGCUGUGGUUAAAGUUGGAACUUUGACAUUAUUUUUGUCAGAUUUUAGUUGCUCCAUGCAUUGAUAUAUUGACAGUAUUAGUAUAUAUGGGUUGAAGGUGUUUAGAUAUGAUCUGACAUCCUAUCUUUUAUGUUUUGUCUAUUUUAAUUUUUAUUAUUUCUCAACUGUUUUGUGAAUCAGUUCUAUGUAUAUUAAAUAAUUUGUUUUGUAGUUUAUCCUUGAAACUUCAAUAUACUGAUUUUGUCAAA